GAUUUGUGGAGGCACGUUUGGUUGUACUGCGGUUCCAUUUGGCUUUAUGACACUGAACUGAUUGUUCGCGUUCCUGGAUUGAUAUCUUAUUGACUUUCUGAUUACUAGAAGACAAAACAUGUUUCUUCAAUUCUCGCUGAUUUCUGGAAAUAUAAUUCCACAAAUGCUUUCUGAAUUUGGGUGGACAAUGUCCUCAAGGGUUUACUUCAAUGGAUUUUAACAUUUUGCAUUCCUCAGCUGCCCACGAUGCCAGACCGUUCCUUUAGUCAGGCAAAUAAUUCUGGCGAGGAAAGUCAUGUGAUCUCAAAUGAUGGUAGCUUUUGUGAACUAGAUGACCAUGUUUGUCCUUCCGAUAAUAAUCUCAAUCGUCUUUCACCGCCAUCUGCUACUUUCCUAAUUCAUGGAUCAGAGAUUUCUCACCAUGCUCCUGCUCCUCCUAUCAGGUCUUCAAGUACACUGUAAGUCUUUAUGGAACGUUUUAUUCCUGAACAUGUUCUGAAAUUUGAAUUUUCCUCCCUGAUUGAGUUACUAAUAUAAAAUAUCGUUGUCUAGUCUGUUAGGACAAGGGCUUAAGGGGAGAUUGCGGUGGUUAUCGGUUAAAUUCAACUGCUGGGAAUCCUGGACUUUCGUCCCUGACGUGAAUGAAAAAUUCGCAGCAGACCAUUCGCAACUGGUUAUUGUAGUCUGUAACAAUCGAAUGACUACUAAGCCACUACGGAAGGUUAGUUAGCAAUAGUUUUCUGCUAACCUUAAGUUAUAACACUAGCUUAUAGCACUCGACGAGAUCAUAAUUUAUAAACGACCUUGAAGUGAUGCCAAGGUGAACUUUUAGAAAUUUACCAUCUUACUAGGGCCAGGAGAGUAUUUGAGGUUACAAGUCAAAGUUAGGGGUUGGGGUUAAGGUUUUCCAUCGCACACUUAUAUCAGCUAUAAUCUCAAAGUGCCAUUUAGCUGUGUGAAUGGCUGGAUUUCGCGCCAAAAUUCAAGACUUGCUGUCCAUAAAUUACGGUCUCGCCUAUCAGAGAUAGCUGUAUGUCAUAACUUACCUUCAAAAGUAAGUCGCUACUCAACUUAGGAUACUGUGUUCUACAUCCUAAUUGCUUAGGUUCUACACAGUAAAACUGACAAACAUACUCAACUACACUUAAAAUCAAGUGACUCUCAAAUUGAACUUUAAAAUUUUAUAAUCAGUGUUAGCCAACCAGAGAUGAGUUGAGUUUCAUUCGUCAGAGUGAAAUGAGUCUAUUUUUAAUGUUUGGCUAUAUGACCAUGUUUGUUUCUUCCAUCAUAUACAACUAUAAGUAGUUUAUAGGUUCCCAACUUGAUUCCUCAUUGGUAUGGAUACGAUAAUGGUCUACAAAAUUAGAUUAGUAGACAACGAUUUUAAAAUCACACCCAGAUCUGUCAAGGUAUCUUGGAGUUCUUAUUGCCUAGUACAUCACUAAUAGUCUGGUUGAGAUUUAUUUAUUUAGCUUCAGAUGAAUCAGUCCUUACUAAUUAAUUCAGGGAACAUAAUGUUGACACAGACCAUCUUACGUGUCUUUGAGUUAAUAUCUUCAUACAGCUGUUCUCAAGCUGAUCCUUCUAUAUCCACGUGAAUCCCUGUUUUCAGAAAGCGGUCCAUAUAAAUUAUAUUUGAGUCAAGCACGUCAGGUAAACUUCGGAUGUCCGAUUAUUAGUUUUAUGAAGAAAGUUUCUAACUCAUAUACUUCAGUACAAACCUCAAAAUGUAUUGUUCGCUUCUCAUAUCUUAAGCGUAUGGUUGAUACGUCCGUGCACCAAACUUCAAUGCUGUGAAUGAGACAACUUUAUCCUCUUCUUUCCUUACCCACUAGAAUGAGAAGUUUAGUGCUUGUGUAAAAGCUUUGUUGGUCAAGACCUUAGGAGAAUUAUCGUUACAAGUGAAAGCACACUGAAAGUCCAUGAACGAAAUUCACUGAACAAAUUAAUGUAGCAAAAAUAUGUUGACAGUUGACCUUAAACUGAUAUCCGAACUUAAAACUGGUUUUUUCAUAAGUUAUAUUUAGGAAUUCUACAUCCCCAACAAUGAUGUAACCAUAUUUGUUCCAUAACUCAUUCAACUUGCUUGUGAUUGAUGUAUCUUACUAUAUCAGAUCAGUUAUUUGCUCACCAUUGUUUUGAUCGGGUCAAUAAUUAGUUUAAGGUAAAUCGGUAACCAAAUGUACGUUCAUGUGAUUUUAGCCACCAAGGUUUUAUAAAGGCUAGUAUUACUGUCAUAUAUCAAAAUGAAGCAAAGCUCUUAGCUGUAGCUCAACGACUGAAAUUUGAGUCCUUUAAAUAUUAAGUAACUCCAAGCUGCAUUCACUUCGUCUGCUACUAAAUCUAAUUAACGGUCGUUUAGUAUAAACUACGUUAGUAAAUGCACGGUCAACUGUAGCUAUUAAACUAAAGUAGGGAAGACUCAUUGGUUUGGUUAUUAUUGAUCUGAAACCAUUUCUAUGUUUAUCAGUGUCUUAACGUGUAUAUUGUAAAACUAGACAUUAUUGGUGGACACCAAUUUAUCGUGGUUAUCUUCAAAGUGAAAUUUUUGCUGUAGUAAAAAGUAAACAAAGUUUGGUGGUCGGAUAAGACACUCCAAAACUACCGCUUAAAUGUAUUUGUUCAUCAUGGCUGGUCGCGUCCCCUAAUUUUUAUUUAACUUUGUUUUAAGUAUGCUCUUGGGAACAACAAUAUUUACGUAACGUAGAGAGAGACUCACUUAUCUACACCAAUUUCGGAGACGUAGUUUUUUGGUAGGGAUGCUGACACCAGUUCUUGAUCGCCCUGAGUAGCAAUUAAAAAAGCAUUCAGAAUACGUUUACCUCCCUCUAAAUGCAAAAUGUUGCUCCAGGCGUAGUCUUUCUCAUUGCAUAUUCUUAUCAUAGAGAGUAAAGUAUCUAGUGGCAAAGACAAUGUGACUUUUGUUGAAAGCUUUAUCAUCCAUGAUAGUUUAGGCAGUAACGAAAUCUCAACUCAUUGACAUCUCUUCGGCUUUUACCAGUGACGCAUAUAUAUUUGGUGCCCCUUUGUACCAAUAUUUGCGUUCAUGAUUCAUGAAUGAUGUCUCCUAAUCAAAAGACUGGGAUGGUCUAUAAAGCGGAAAUAUGCGUAAACUGCAAGUAUCUCACCAUAGAUAUCUUCGAAGUAUUGCGUAUGUAUGGCAGUUGUGCCUUAGUAGUUAAAGCACUUUCAACUAGAAAAUCGCGGAUUCGAACCACGUUUUAUCUACCUUUGUUUACAAAGCCAGGUUUUAUCGUUAGCCAGCACACUGCCUCAGAGUAUAUAAAACCUUUACUUGUUGAAUAAGUAUGCAACCAUCGAGUGAACAGUGCUAGUUGUAUAGGACAUUACGUGCAAGUAGAAAUUCGAUUUAUGAGGCUUUAGACAUUCAUAGACCGAGGUAGCUAAUAUAUGUGUUACUUAUGCCUAACCAUUACGUACCCCAACACAAUGAUGACAGAUAAUAGGCUAGACAAAAGCUAGGGGUGCCCAAACUAAACAGUGACGUUACUCUAUGAAGUCGUCGACUUUUCACCUGAGCCGACCGUUAUUAGUGGUUUGAAACAUUAGUUGAUAGCUCAAAAUCGGCCUCUGCGGCACAGAUCCAUUCAUCCUGCAUUUUUCUGUAGUGUUCUAGUCAGAAUAGUCAUACUUUAUUCUGUGUUCAUUCUUCCUUUUCAAACUAGGUUCGCGAUGCCUGGUUUUUUAUUAAUGGACACUACUACUUCGACCACUGCUAUUUCAUCUUGUCUUUCUAACGCGGUGUAGCAACUUAAGUCUAUGCACCUCUGUCUCAGAUUCUACAAAGUUUAUGGUUAACUAGUUGACUUGGUAUAUUCUAGUGGACUUAGGUAAAAUGAUAGUUUUCAUCUCAUUGUGGUCUCUGCAUCCUAAGUGUUUUUUUAAAGGAAACUAACAGGUUGUACAACUUGUACUAUCGAUUUUUCAAGUCUAGGGUGGUACAUGUUAACCGAAAUUCAUAUUCCUGUGGUGUAACUCAAGUGUUUCAACAUGUUUAGAUCAUUAAAAUUAUGUAAACUUUUGAACAAAAUAGACAAGGCUUUAUUUGAUAUUCACAUGACCUAGUGAGCGAAGCAGCAUAUGUAAUAACCCAUUCUAUUGUUAUCUACUGAUUCUCAACAGUUGGUUGGUGUUCUUCAGUAACAGAACUAACAACCUAUUCAUUCUGCUUGAUCAGUUAUGAUAACCGAAAAAAGUGCUGUAGGUAGGAUGACAUGGACUUUAUACUCAGACUUACUUCAAUCGACUUACAAAACAAGCGUAGCUUUAUCAGGAAAAAACACGAACGGUUUAUUGGAUCAUUGGCCAUUAUUUAAGUCGAUUGAAGUAGGUCUGAGUAGAAAGUCCACGUGGAGUUCGAAGUAAACAGAAUUGCCUGCAACUUCAUCCAUAACUAAGUCGAGAAAAAGAUGAUGAAAGUAAAUAAUUCCUGGCUUACAUCACUAGUUUUCGGUAACUAAAUAAUUAUGUAUUGUCCGUCAAUUGAUAGUAUACGUCUACAGACUUCCAUAAGACUCCUUAGUCAAAUUUAAAUAUGGCCUUCUAGUGAGAUAACACAUCUAAUGUGGAACAUCAAUAUAUGUUCUUUUACUUCAAAAGAGGAAUGAUCGAUGCUACUAACAUUACACCAUCAACCGGGCUAGUUUCCGGAAAUAUCUCACCCUAUAAUUCUAUUUGGGCCGUUUGAUAACAGUAGGUCCUGGAAUUUUAAAAACUAUCAUUCAGACAGCUCCAUUUCUGAUCAUUAAAAUCAUUCUCUACAACCACUUGUACUGACAAUCAUCAUGUAUUUACUAGUGGCGAGCUUCGAGUGGUAAUUGUCGAGGUUUCAGAGAGAAAGAUUGACCAUAGGGACCUGACCGUGUUCAUCAUUUGACAAAUAUCACCAAUUGGAAUAGUCGCAUAAUAUUACAAGAUGACUGAAUUUAGAUACCUAAACUGCUGUAUCUCAACUCAGAGGUCUAAAAGUUAAGUAUUGUCCGCGUGACCUAGAAGUCUUGAGUUCGAUCCCUAUCGAGGUCGUGAAUGGAUUGUUCUGAGUUUUGUUCUAAAACAAAACAGUUGUCCAAUAUCUCAUGGUUUUUAAUGGUUGUCUGGCUCAAGUUAUUACGUGGUAUAAACCUACUUAUUACAAAGGUGCUCACUUUAGAUUGUAUACCAACUUCACUGAUCUACUGAUUGAAUAAAAGAUAUAUUUCAAUGAGUUUUAAUAACCUAUUACUGUCAUUUUGUAGGCGUAAAAAGAAUAAACCUGUUUUGCCUCCAUCAAAACCUUUGCCAACUCCACCUGGGAAAGGAGAGAAAAAGAAAAAAAAAGUGAAAAUGUUCCGAUUUCCUAAAUUCGGUCGGUCAGAAAAAACUGAGCCACAAAUUUCUGGUCCUACGGAAGUUACGCAUAAUCUACAUGUGGCAUUUGAUAAGUCCACAGGCGAAAUCAAGGGUCUUCCUAUUUCAUGGCAGAUGCUUUUAACAGCAUCAAAUAUAUCACGAACAGAACAAGAAAAGAAUCCAGAAAUUCUUCUUGGCGUACUACAAUGUUUUGAUGAAUCGGCUAAACAGAAAGAUAAAUAUAUGACAAAUGUGUCUGUCAUUACAAAUUCAUCUGGCUCCGUUGAAUCGAUGAAUUCCAACUCCCGUUCCUGCUCAGUUUCCUCUCAAAGUAUGCCAGUUGCACCAGGUCAUUGCGAUAUCAGCUAUUUACAUUCGGGCUCCUAUCAAUCUGCCUCAUUUAAUUCUACGACAUCAGCAUCUGCGCCUAUUUCAGCGGAGGAAAAUAAUUUAGUUAUGUCAAUGGCUGAAACUAGUUUAACAGGAAUGACGAUCAUUUCCAGUGCUUUACCAACAACUACUCAUUCUUGUGCGGGUAGCAAUAGCAGCGGUCGUGGUAGCAGUUGUACCACUAACAGUGGCAGUGUUGGUGGUCGUGGUGUAAGUGGUGGUGUUCCAAAUGGUUUGAGCGCUGCAAGUUUAGUAGAACUAACUUCUAAUCACACUCAUGGGUGUCCUUCAGGGUCUGGAAGGAGAACAAGCACAGGGGGCGCUGUAUUUUUGGGUGGUAUUAGUCCAACCCGUACAUUUGGUGAACGUGCAAGUGGUUCGACAAUUCCUGAAAUGUCUCCAGCACUUGGGAAUCAUAGAAGCACUAACAAUACAGGAGAUAUCGCUCGUUCUGGGCCAGACUCCAUGAUAUCAGCGAACUCAGGAACCCUUACAAAUGGACAACUUCUCAAUCAUAGCCGUCAUGCUAGAGAUGCCAAUUUAGUUAGUGAUAAUCAUAAUGGUCAUUCAACUGUAUCUGUUCCCGCUCUUCCAAUUACAUAUAAUGUUAGUCUUGGUGAACUUAGCAGCAGUCGUAGCAGUGGUUGUUCACUAUCUUGUUCCGGUGCUAGCGGAAGUGUCAGUAUUUCUGGUUUAGCAAGUUCGGCUAGUAUGGUUGGACAUUUAUUUGGCGGUAUAAAUAGUAAUGAGAACAGUCCUACAAGUAUUCUUCCGCCUAGUAUGUUACAAUCUCAAUCACCGUUACCACAUAACAACUGUUGCUCAUUUGUCUCCUAUCCACCAUCAUCAUCACCACCGCCUGUUCCACCUCAUGCAACUACUGUCGUAUUAAGAAAUUUAGAUUUUUCUGAAAGUUGUACAAAUAAUUUUGAAAUUAGUAGUGUUAAAGAAGAAGGUACUCUACGACAUACAUCUUCAUUUCAUAAUACAAUCCCUGAAUCAUCUGCAUGUUUGCCAUUCCAUGGAGAUAGAUUAGUUCCAGAAUCUUGUAUAAUGGUCGGAGAAUCUUCUUCCGAUGAAGAAGAAGAGGAUGAAGAUAUUGAAGAUGAAGAUCACGAACAAGAAGACUAUGAAGAAGAAGGUGAGGAGUUAGGUGAAGAUGAAGAAGAGAGCGAGAAUGAACAAAGUGAACUAAGCAAUAAUGAAAUAACUACAUCUCAGGCUACUGUUGAAUGGAUGACAAGUAGUGGAACGUGUAGUAAUCUACCUACUCCAAUGACUAUGUCCAAGGGAUCUGAAAAUGGUGUUACCAGUGAAGCUUUUGAUAAUCGGAAUGGUGUACUCGUUUCAAACAAAACAACUUCAACAAAUAGUGAGAAUAUAUCAAAUUUGGUUAGUACUAGUAAAGAUACUGGGACAUCGAAGAUCAUCCAAUCAUCAACUUCCGAUAGAAAUGUUCCACCAGCUGUUCCAGUCAAACCACAGGGUUUAACACAUGUGUUUCGCACACAACAGCAAACUAAAAUACACCAAUCUCCUCAUUUCUUCCCACAUCAACCGCCUACAAAUAAAAUAGAUUCAAGUAAUACUGCUACGAUUACAACAACUACCACUUCUGCUGCUGCUGCUGAAGAUGUAACCAAAUCGACUACACCUAGUGCACCUAGACGUCGUACUGGAAAUCAUCGAUUAACAGAUCAGCAGGUACAUGAUAAAUUAAGAGCUAUUGUAAGCAAAGGUGAUCCAUAUCAAAAAUAUCGUAUGGUUGAUAAAAUUGGUCAAGGGGCAUCUGGUGUGGUGUAUAGUGGAUAUGAGAUUGCCACUGGCAGUUUAGUGGCUAUUAAGCAAAUGAAUUUAGCUCAACAGCCUAAAAAAGAAUUAAUCAUUAAUGAAAUUUUGGUUAUGAAGGCUAAUCGUCAAGCGAAUAUUGUAAAUUAUCUAGACAGUUAUUUAGUAUCCACUUCAAUCUCGACUAAUAUGGAUCAUCAGCAUUACAUGAACGGUUCAAAUCACAAGUACCAACAAUCAACUCAGAAGGAUGAUAGCCUCAAUUCAUCAACAAUUAGUUCAGGCAAUUCAUCUAAAGGUGAAGAACUAUGGGUUGUCAUGGAGUAUUUAGAUGGUGGCUCACUGACCGAUGUUGUCACUGAAACAUGUAUGGAAGAAGGACAUAUUGCUUCAAUUUGUCGAGAGAUACUACAUGCCCUUGAAUUUCUUCACGCAAAUCGCGUCAUUCACCGUGAUAUCAAAUCAGACAAUAUUCUUCUUGGAAUGGAUGGGUCUGUAAAACUGACCGACUUUGGUUUUUGUGCACAAUUAAGCAAUGAUGGAACUAAACGUUCAACUAUGGUUGGCACACCGUAUUGGAUGGCACCAGAAGUUGUUUUACGUAAACAAUACGGUCCAAAGGUGGAUAUAUGGUCAUUAGGUAUUAUGGCCAUUGAAAUGGUAGAUGGUGAACCACCCUAUCUAAAUGAAAAUCCUGUUCGAGCAUUGUAUCUUAUCGCUACCAAUGGUAAACCGGAAAUUAAAGAACGUGAUCGCUUAUCAAGCACAUUUCUUAAUUUCCUCGAUCGUUGCCUAGAAGUGGAUGUAGAACAAAGAGCCACGGCGGUUGAAUUAUUACAACAUCCAUUCAUAUGCCGAUGUUCUAAACCAUUGAGUUCAUUAAUUCCACUGAUCAAUUUAGCCAGAGAACAGAAAUAAUCCCAAUACAGAAUAAAGAAAACCAAUUAAUUUUUUGUAUAUUGUUUCCUAAAAAUUUCUUUUCCUCAUAUGUGUUUAUUCUGUAAUCACAAUUCAUUUUUACUCUCUAUACAUGCAUAUAAUGAUAAUAACAAUAAUGAUUCAUAUUACAUAAAACAUGUAUGCUUAAAGGGUAGUAAUAAUAAUAUUUAUAGACUCUGGCUAUCAAUAAUAAUAAGUAAAUCCAAUUUACUCAUUUUGGUUCUGUUCACAUUUAAAUAUUCACCUAUUAUUGUAUUACAUUUAAAGUUAUAGUAAUUUUUCUUUUGAUGUUUCCUUCUCUCUCUCUCUCUCUCCAACAUACAAAAAGUACAGCCGUUCACUAGAUUGUACAUUACAGUAUUUAAUCAUAAUACCCAUUAUGUUUUUUUUAUUAAGGUUAAUACCGCUUACUUGUGUUUGUUGUUUUGUAAGCUUUCCCAUUCAUUUUUCUAUUCUAAUAUCAUAUUGUUUAUAAGUCAAAUUAUUAACAAGUGUAAUAUAAUAAAAAUAGUAAUAGUAAUACACUUAGGAAUCACAAUUAAUUACUUAAUAAUUUCUUUUGAAUGAAUAAACCACUCAAAUUAAUUAAUGUGAACAUUCAGAAACAUCCAUUGGGUUUUUUUCUUAAAUUUUACACAUAUGUGUAUUCAAUGGGGUUUUAAAACGCAACUACUCACUGUCUUUAUAUUCACUGUUUAUCAUCUCUUUAAUUGUCAAGUUUUAUUUUUAUUGCUCACAUUAUUAGACAUAUAAUGGUUCUUUAUUCUCUUCUUUUUUCCGUCAAAUAUGUAUACAUACAUGACUUUGUAGGGUGUUAAAUUUCGAGUAUGUUUCUAUUGCUUAUUCUCAAUUUCAUUUUCAUUUGUACACAAUAUAUUUGAUUUGUCUGGGUUGACUGGCCAGAAAAAAAAGAAGAGAACACAUUGGGAAACAAACAUUAGGUUCUAACUACUUAAGCGCCUUUUUUCUCUUCGAGUAACAAUAGUAUGUUACAUUUAGAAUUUUAUUUUUCACUGAUUAAACUGGAAUGAAGAAUACACUUCUACAUGUAACAAUCAGUAAUGAUUAUCUUAUUGCAUUGAUUAUACAUCUGUUAGUGUAUUUUUAUGUGUACACGUUAUGCUGUAUUCCAACCUUCAUACAUGCAUACUUUAUUCUUUUAAUUUACCAUUCCCAGUAUCUCACUAACUUUCAAGGGAUACUGAUCAUACAUACAGUGGAUAAUUAAAAAAAAGAAACAAACAACUGAUUUACUGCUAAUGAUUUAUUUUCAAAAUUAUCUGCAUUUUGUGUACAUCUGUGUGCGUGUGUUCGUGUAUUGCCCUUGUCUACUGUAUACUCGUAGAAAUUUACAUUACUCCAUAUUCAUAUUGUUCUCAUCAAUUUUCCCAUGUUUUAUGCUGAUCUAUUCCAGGAUAGUUAUUAAGCCUAUUUGAAUAUGGUAAAUCAACUCCAUGUAUGCAUAUGGAGUGCCUCAUUAUUUAUUAGGCAAUCACUUAAUUAUAAAUAAUAUUCUCGUCUCCCGGUUUAGCUAUUUAUAUUAAAUUAACUACUCAAAUGGGUGUAUAUCGUUAACACCUGUAUCAUCAGCAAAACUAGUCUUAAUGAAUUGAUGCAAACAAAGGAGUUAUAUUCACUGUUCUCAAAUUUUGUUACUCUUAUCUUCUGUCAUAAUUAAUGAGACAGUAAACAGUUGAAAACGAAUUUAUCUUUGUAGAAAUCGUUGGCGUCAUAGCUCUGGUCAAUUACUAUUAUCAUUCACAUCAUUAUUUUCAAAAUCAGUCAGUUAACAUUGUUGCAUUGAAAGUUUAAAUUUAAUUGUGUUUCUACCAAUCUUUUUCACAUCCAUCUUCACUUGCUCAUUUUCAUCAUAAUAAUCUAUAUGUAUUGUUGACAUACAGAGAAUCUUUGUGUUGUUUUGUCGUAAUUCUUCGAAAUAAAGCUUAUGCUGCCUUCUUUUCAUUUCGGUUUUCUUGCAUGCUUGCUUUAUUAUGUUGCUGUAUACACCGCAGUUUCUUCUUUAUAUAAAUAAUACAUUUGAUUAUUACAGUCCUUUAUGCUGAACUUUGUUUUAUGCGUUUUUCUUUUUGCUUAUUCUGCUUUGGUUAAUAUGAUGCUUAUUGUUGCUUGAAUACGUGUAUUUGUUGCCGAUAAACUCACGAAAUGUUUUUCCUCCUUUCUUUUACUAUCCAUUCUCGAACUCAUCAUUCUACAUCUGUAUAUGUGUUUGUUGGCAUGUGUCACAUUCUAUUUCAUUUUGUUGAUGGUGACGAUAAUAGUAGUAAUGAUUGUUUUUAUUUUUUAACUUAGAUUUCUUUAUUUUUUGGAAGGGAGAUAAAUUGUCAAUAUUUACUCGUUUUUCAUUAUGCAUUAUUGUACACUUCUUUCUACCACGUUGUACUUGUUUGCUUGUUUCAACUGAAGAUCAUUGUUUUCUGCUGCGAGUGUUGUUGCUACAUCACUUACUUAAUACCAAUUAUGUGUAAGUAUUAUGACAAUGACAGCUUCUACUUUGUAAUGGUCUUUUUUUAUUUUUUUUCAUUUGCGUUUUUCUUCAACUUUUUAUUUGUUGUUUACUCUUCGAAACGACACACAUUAUAUCUACAAAAUACCUUUUAAAAAACUUACUGGUAUUGUUUUAUUUUUAGCCUUAACUAUCCAUGAAUAUACAUGUUUUUUGUUCACAGGCAGAGAAUGAAUUUAUGCCACUUGUUUUUGGAUUAAACGACAUUAAUUCAGUGUUAUAUUGAGGCCUUAAUAAUAAAUCAACUUGAUGAUUGU